AUGGAUGAUCUGAAUUUGUUUGGUAUUACCUUACUGACCGCAAGUGUUUUAAGUUUUUCAUGUAUCCUGGAUGAGAUGACGAGUUUAUGGAUUCCAGGAAAAAGUGCGAUAACGACGGGUCUCAUCGCUGGCGGAGGUACGUUUGUCAUAACGUAUUUAACGAGACUUCGAAACGAAGUAUCAUCCCUGGAAAAUGAAAUGGACGAACUUGAGGAUGAAAACGAAAGACUUUGGAUUGAAAAUAAGAAUCUUAAAGACCAGUAAAAAAUUUUUUUUUUAUUUCUUUCUCCCAAGAAAUAAAAGAAUGUCUGAUACUAAAAAAGAACUCGUUCAGGACCUGUACGAUGCUGCGCUUUUAACAUCCGGAGUCGUUGGAAUUUCGUACGUGGCAAAAACAAUUGCCGGGAAAAGUCUGGGUGCACCGAUGACGUUAGAAGGUGCGAUGAAACUUGGUGUGGCCGUGGCGGGAAGUUCUGUUGCCAUCGCUUAUCUCAAAGACAAGGGUUACGUUCCAAAAACAAUCGGUCAAUAAACAAUGACAACCAAUCUAGUAGUCGGUGGAUUAUUCAAUGCGGUCGCCUUUGCAGGCGCAGGAUUUUUAUUUUCUCAUUUAAAUCAGAACGGGUACAACGAAGAAGUCCAAAGACAUAAUCAUGCGCUGGAAGAAUUAGCGACGGCCAAGGAAAAAUUCUACGAAUCCGAAGUGAAAAGACGGAACGAUGAAAUACGACGACGGCAGGAAAUCUUAGAUGCGAAUCAUGAUAUAGAAGAGACGAACAAAGCGUUGGACGAAUUAAGAAAUUAUAAUCGUCGACAGGAUUUAAAUGCGUUAGAUCGUAAACCGAAAUUCGAAGAUUAUUAUCAACCGUCGGACGAAAUGCAAAAAUAUUUAACGAUGACGGUUGGAAUUUUAGGUGUUGGCGGUGGGUACGUGCUGACGCGAAUUUUUUAA